AAGCGUCGCAAUAUGCCAGUCAAUGAGCUUUAUGAUGGUUUGAAUAAGGAUGAGAAUCCAUGCAACUGCGUCAGAUUCUCCAAGUCGUUAAUGGAUUCAGGAGACGUCACCUUUGUCGACCGCUUCUCCCCCUUUCGUCCCUCUUGCAUCUUCGUAGCGUUCACAGGAGAUAAAUCAAUUAGAUAUUAAAAAUACAACAGGACUUGAACUCGCAGUCAGUCCGAGACUGCUCCAAAUGUGAUUGUGUACUCGCCGAGUUUUGUCACUGUUGUGCGCAACACUGACAGGUUUAUUCUGUUCUGCUUCAUUGACAGGAGCGGGUGACAAGUAGCUUCAUUCGACUGAGCUAUCAUCUGUUGAAUUGCUGCCACAACAUCGGACCGCACUGUAAUCCCUCUUUACCAAUGCAACCAAUUCACAGGGCUCUAUGGCGAUGAAUAUUGUAGUAGAAAUACCCGAGUUCUACAAUUACCCUCUUGCAUUCAACCCAGCGAAAGUCAAACUUGCUUUAGAAGAGAAAAGCUUGACGUACACAGAGAAACAUAUCGACAUCUUCAAUGGCCAAUCUCUAACGCCAGGCUACAUGAGGCUAAACCCUCACGGCUGGAGCCCGACGCUAGUGACUAAGGAGGAGAUACUCACCGAGUCUCUGGACAUAGUCAAGUGGGCGGAUCGUCAGGGGUCGUCUCUCGGAGGUGAUGCAGUAGACCGCACUUUUGUAUCGGAGUGGCUGACCAAAGUAAAUGCCUGGGACGGCAACCUCUUCGCCAUGUUCAACAGCCCUGCCCGCGGGAUGUUCAGGUACGUCACCAAGUUCAAAAUCAAAACAGCUGAGUCGUAUGCGCAACGGUUCCCCGACCUGGCAGAUGUGUACAGGAAAAAGGUCGUCUCUAUGAAACAAGUUCUACGGGAAGUAGACGAUGCCGAAACAGUGAACGCCAACAUGGCGCAGCUAGUGGCCCUGUUGGACGAGGCCGAGAUGCGGCUGAGGAAUUUCAAGUUUUUGGCAGGAAAUCAAUAUUCCGUUGCAGAUGUCAUCUUCACGCCAGUAGUGUACCGCCUGUUUUCCACCAAAAAAGAUCAAGAAUACCUGAAUUCACGCCCCCACAUCCGGACAUACUACCAGGACUUGAAAACCCGGUCCAGCUACAAGAAAGUGUUCGGCAUUUCGGACACCAGCUUGGGAACCAUGUGGGUAGUCUUGCCUGCGUUGCUCAAAGUUUUCUGGACAAAUUUCACGAGGAGGUACUAGGAAUCAGCUGAUCAGGAGCCAAUCGCAAGUGAAGUAAGCACUCUUAAAUUGUCCAUUGAUAAUGACACUGUAGAGUGUUUCUGAUUUUUAAGUUGCAGCCUUGCUGAAUCGCUCUCAAGUUUGCUGGUGGAUACAUUACACUGAAAGUCCAAUCCAAUGUGCGGUGGAGAGCACUGUAGAGAAGGUGUAAUUCCCUCACUAGUUUUAGUCGGUAAGGACAUAAACGGCAAUAAGUGCAACAACCUUGAACAUCAUGGCUACUUGCGAGGCACCAUAGUCAGUGCUGGAUACCAACGGAGUCCAGCACAUUGAGACGAGUUAAAUCCACAGAAGAAAUUCGAUUCACGCCUAAACUCCUCCAUCUGGUAACAUAUGCUAGAGUGAGCACUUAUCCUGUUCUACAUCAUUUCCCUCAGGUACAAUUACAAUGAAUACAGGUUGUACUUCAAAUCCAGUUGUGGGUUUGAUUGCAAUUACAGAAGUCGUAUGGAAAUUUGAGAUUCAGUCAAAGAAGUUUACGA